AUGGCGGCCGGCGAUAGUUUGCCCGCCCUCGCGGCCUUCACUAUCGUGGAGGCCUAUUUUUUACAACGCACUCUGUUCGCCGAUGAAGCCUUCCGGACCGUGUGUCUGGGGGCCCUGGGGGUCAACCUCCUUCUCAAGGGAAUUUGGAGUUUGGCCAUUUGGCCGUUCUUCCUGAACCCGUUGCGACAUCUGCCCAAGGUCCCGGGUCUCAUGAACCAUGCGCAGAUCAUUUUUGACUCUCCGCGGGGCCGGAUGCCCUUGUACUGGAUGAAGACCAUUCCCAAUGAGGGUCUCAUCCAUAUGCGCGACACCAUCAGCCAGAGCUAUUUAGUAGCCACCAACCACCAGGCGCUGCUGGAUAUUAUGAGCACCAACACCUACGACUUUGAGAAGCCCUGGCGCUUCCGCAACUUUUUAGCCCGCAUUUUGGGCUUUGGGCUGAUUUUGUCCGAGGGCGCAGCCCACAAGAAGCAGCGCAAGGCUCUAACCCCGGCAUUCAAUAUCAAGAACAUUCGCGCCAUGUAUUCGCUCAUGUGGGAUAAGACCAACCAGUACUUAGAAGAGAUGGAGAAAGAGCUGAAGCUCAAUCCCAUGGAGGGUACCAACAUCGCUGACGGGGUUGGUAAGCUGGAAAUGGGCGUGUGGGGGAGCCGCCUCACUCUGGAUAUUAUCGGACCCGCCGCCAUGGGCCGCGAUUUUCGCUCCCUGCAAAAUACCGACAAUAGGGUGGCCGAGAGCUUUCUGAAUAUUCUCGAACCAACUACCGAAAAGAUGGCGUUUUUGGCCAUGAACUUUACCCUACCGCAGUGGAUUGCGCAGCGCGUGCCGUGGCGUCUUAAUCAGGUGGUUGCUAACGAGACCGGUUUCUUGCGCAAUCUGUGCAAUGACAUCGUACGCGAGAAACGUGAAACGCUUGCUGCUUCCAAGGCCUCGACCAAGGAUCUUGAAGCAGAUAUUCUGGGCACGAUGAUGCUUGGCGGGAACUUUUCUGAUACGGAGCUGGUAGAUCAGAUGUUGACCUUCUUGGCUGCGGGGCACGAGACCACCGCCAGUGCCCUUACUUGGGCAUGCUAUCUACUUACCCAGUACCCAGAUACGCAGACCCGACUGCGGGAGGAGAUCCGCGCCAAGAUCCCCUCCGGCAACAGUCCGAUCACAUACCAGGAUCUGGAGUCGCUGCCGUUGCUCAACGGGGUGUGUCAGGAGGUACUGCGACUAUACCCGACGGUACCGGCGACGAUCCGUGAAGCAGCUCGCGACACUGUGGUGGUCGGCAAGCACGUACCCAAGGGAACGCGGGUUAUCCUGUGUCCGUACGCGAUCAAUCGUAGCCCAACCUUCUGGGGCGACAACGGUGAGGAGUUUGUGCCGGAGCGGUGGAUUGACACCGACAAGACCGGUGCUCCUGUUCCCAACCACAACGGCGGCGCGUCGACCAAUUUUGCGCAAAUCACUUUCUUGCACGGCCAGCGCUCGUGCAUUGGCAAGGACUUUGCGCGCGCUGAGCUGCGCUGCGCCGUCGCUGGCGUGGUUGGUCGCUUUGCCUUUGAGAUGCAAGAUCCCAAGCAGGAGAUCCACAUUGCAGGUGCUGUGACCACCAAGCCCGUCGAGGGCAUGCAUCUCCGCAUGCGUCGGGUGGACGAGUGGUAA